AUGCCGCAUGGGUCCCGGUCCGGCACCGACAGUAACCUGGCCGGGCUCGGAGUUCGUUGGGGCUUGAGCCAGGAAGGGACGGCCGCUCUCCUGGGUCUCCUGGCCGGCGGUUCGCGUCCGCCCCCCCCCCCCUGGACCGGGGGGGUCAUCCCGGUCUGCAGAGGUACCAACCAGCACACCAACCUUGGCCCAAUCAACCACCCUAGCAGGGAACAUCACCAGGGCGACAGUACACAAGAUGGCCGCCGAGCGCCGGCCAUGUGCGCGAGCUGCCAGAGAGGUCAAGAUGACGCUUGCUCAAAAAUGAGGAAAACAACACAGUCAAAGAGAAAAGCACCCACUAUUAUCCUACCAGUCUACUACAGGGCAGUAAAACUCAUGGACACUGCAAGUAGGAUCAAGUCACACUCUCAUGGAAGUGCCGGCAGCAGAACUCGCCUAGACAGCACUCACCACACAAGGAGACAUGACAGAGUGAAGUGGGGAGGUUCACAGGUCCAUGGACCGGAAAAUCUCGGGGACCCACUAAUGCUGAACGCUCUGCUGCAGCCCAUCGGUGGUACUGGGGGACAACUGGAUAAAGCGGCUCCUGCUAACACACAGCAAGAUCAUCUCCAGCAAUGUAAAGACUCUUGUUAUUCUUAA